UUCAUGACCCUGACUCUGUUUCCUAUCCGACUCUUUUUUGCUGCUUUUAUGAUGCUGCUGGCCUGGCCUUUUGCAUUCAUUGCUUCAAUGGGACCUGAUGAGCAAGAGCUUGAAAAGCCCCUCUCCUGGUGGCGAAAGAUAGUGGAUAUUUUGCUGAAAGCAAUCAUGAGAAUGAUGUGGCUUGCUGGUGGAUUCCACUGGAUAAAUGUAAAAGGCAGACGGGCGUUGCCAGGAGAAGCAGCAAUAUUAACUGUGGCUCCCCAUUCUUCCUACUUUGAUGCCAUUCCAGUAACUAUGACCUUCGCCUCCAUUGUGAUGAAAGCAGAAAGUAAAGAUAUUCCUGUUUGGGGAACUCUAAUCAGAUACAUCCGACCAGUGUUUGUGUCUCGGUCAGACCAGGAUUCUCGCAGGAAAACUGUUGAAGAAAUAAAGAGGCGUGCUCAGUCUGAUGGUAAAUGGCCACAGAUAAUGAUAUUCCCAGAGGGCACUUGCACAAACCGAUCCUGUCUAAUUACAUUCAAGCCUGGAGCAUUUAUUCCUGGAGUUCCUGUACAGCCAGUGGUUUUACGUUAUCCAAACAAACUGGAUACAAUCACAUGGACAUGGCAAGGGCCAGGAGCGUUAGAAAUUCUGUGGCUCACUUUGUGUCAGUUUCACAAUUCUGUGGAAAUUGAGUUUCUACCCGUGUAUAUUCCUUCAGAAGAAGAAAGAAAAAAUCCAGUGUUAUAUGCCAAUAACGUCAGACGUGUAAUGGCAGAGGCGUUGGGAGUUUCAGUGACAGACUAUACAUUUGAAGACUGUCAGUUAGCUUUGGCUGAAGGACAACUUCGUCUGCCUUCGGACACGUGUCUUUUAGAAUUUGCAAAACUUGUAAGAAGCCUUGGGCUGAAGCCAGAAACACUUGAAGAUGAUCUUGGUAAAUAUGCUGCAAGUGCCAUGAAAAUGAAAAAAGAAAAGAUUGAUCUUAAAGAAUUUUCAGCAUACUUGGAAUUUCCAGUUUCACACACAUUAGAAAGUAUGUUUGCACUUUUUGAUGAGAAUGAAGAAGGCAUAAUUGACGUUCGGGAAUUUGUCAUUGCUCUGUCAGUUGUCUGCAAGCCAUCCAAAACUCUGGAAACAAUUCAGUUGGCAUUUCAGCUGUACCAGUCAGAAAAUGGAACUAUAACAGAAGAGGAUUUAGCUUAUAUCCUGAAGACUGCCAUGGGUGUGUCACAGAUUAAUGUCACACAUCUUUUUAAAGCAGUAGAUGAAGAAGAGAAAGGAAAGAUUACGUACGAUGACUUCUACAGAUUUGCUGAAUUGCACCCACACUUUGCAGAAGACUAUCUCUAUGCUGAUCAGAUGGGAGCUGAGAGUGGCUUGGAGACUUCAUCUCUUUCUGUUCCUAAUGGUAUCUGUACUGACUUCAGCCCUGAUAGCACUGACGAUAAAAGCAAGCCCCUGCAGAAGAAACUGAAUUAACACUACAGCUGUUCCCUUCCUCUCCUG